UUUUAUCGAUUAUAUAUAUAUAUAUAUAUAUACUGCAUGCAGUUGCAUUAUUUCGACGUAUUUGUAAUAUUUGAUUUAUUUUGUAAAAUCGAUCAACCGGCCUUUUUUUUCUAGACUUUUUAGUGUUUGAUUAUAAAUAGAACAAAUCAGCAAUCUUAUAAUUUAUAGACUUUUUUUUCUCCUUUUCCUUUUUACUACUUUCCAAGACGGUCUGGGUUUUCUUAGAACAUAGAAGGGAAUUUUGUGUAUAAUGUUUUCACAUACAGAUUAAUUAGUUUCUUUCAAAAAGUAGAACGAGUAUAUAUAUAAAUGAAAAUUUUCAGAAAUUGGAAUAUUUUGGAUUAUAUUUGGUGUUAUGAUUACAUACUGGCUACAGUUUAUAUGAAUGUAAAAUUUAAUUUCUGGUGUUAACAAAAAAAAAAAAAAAGAAAGGUUAGCGUAACGAUUUAUUGAACCUGGUUGCAGUAUGGCAAAAAAAAAAGGGAAGAAAUAUUUAAUACUCUAGCUAUACACACAUCCACUGAUCCACCUAUCUACACAUACAAAAAAAGGGAAGAACUAUUUAAUAUAUGUAUAAGAUAUAGGAAUUCCAAAUAUGGAAAUUAAUAUCUACCAUUAAUGGAAGUUCCCAAAUACCCCAAAGCUAAUGAUUUUUGUUUUCUUUUUACUCGUAAGAUUUCAAGUCUUUAUAAAUACGAAAAUCAAUCUCACAAAUCAUCAAUAAUCACCUUAAUAAAUCUCCACUCUCUUCUUACAUGUACAACAACAAAAUAACCAAACAUCUUUUCUCCCCUUCUCUCUCUCUCUACACUACACACACAAACAAUAAACACAUAAAGACAGUCAGUCUCUAAUGGAUUUAGAACAGAAGACAAGAGGACUUAGCAAGUCAUGUGCUCUUCUCAUAGUGAUUGCGGGAAUGGAGAGAUAUGCAUUCAAAGGAGUUGCAUCAAACUUAGUGACAUAUCUAACAGAUGUAGUGAAGAUGAGUAAUUCAAGAGCAGCUAAAACAGUUAACACUUGGGCUGGUUUCACUUCUAUGCUGCCUCUCUUCUCUGCUCCUUUGGCUGAUACUUAUUGGGACAGAUUCUUCACUAUCCUCGCUUCUUCUUCUGUCUACUUUGUGGGGCUAGUGGGAUUGACAUGGACAGCAUUUGCUGGGUCACGGUCAGCUACUAAGACGAUCUCUACGUGUUUUCUCUACUCUUCACUAUGUCUUGUCUCAAUCGGUUUAGGCGUUCUAAACCCUUCUCUUCAAGCCUUUGGUGCAGACCAGCUUGACCACGACCUUGAUAAGAAUUCCGAGCUUUUCUCGGGUGAUCAAAAGGAGGCUAAAGCUACCGGAAAGACUCAGUUUUUCCAAUGGUGGUACUUUGGCGUCUGCACCGGAAGCCUUAUGGGUGUCACAGUCAUGGCUUAUAUUCAAGACACUUUUGGUUGGGUUCUCGGUUUUGCUAUUCCCGGAAUCGCAAUGUUCCUACUGAUCUUGUUGUUCUUGUCGGGUUGCGGAAUCUAUGUUUAUUCUUCGGGCGGUGGUCUGAAGAUGAAAACAACUACGACACCAAUUGAGAAGAUCCUUAAAUUCAUUCAAGGGAGAGUAGUGAAGACGAAGAAAGACAUAUAUACACUUGCAGAUGAGAAAGAUUUGGAUGCUAUGGAACUUGAGCUACAAGAGAGGCCUCUCUGUAACUGUGAUGAUAGCACUGGGACCAAAGACGUUGAGGCUGCUUCAACAACCACCAAAGGAUUGGAAGAAGAUGAGAGCUUAAAAACGGUUUUCUCUGGGCUUGAUAAUGUUAAGUUAGUGAUUCGCCUUUUGCCCAUAUGGACGAUGCUUCUCAUGUUCGCGGUCAUCUUCCAGCUGCCAGCAACCUUUUUCACCAAACAAGGUAUGACCAUGAAGCGAAACAUUGGGUCCAACUUCAGAAUCCCACCUGCAACCCUGCAAAGCACGAUCACGUUAUCCAUCAUCCUUCUUAUGCCAUUAUACGAUAAGAUUUUGAUACCUAUUACCAAGAGAAUCAAGAAUAACGGUAAAGGCAUCUCUGUGAUGGAGAGAAUGGGAGUAGGAAUGUUUCUAUCCAUCAUCGCCAUUGUUAUUGCGGCAAUAGUCGAAAGAAAAAGACUAGACAUAAGCCAAAAGAUGAAGACUUUACCUGAUUAUGACCCAGAAACCGUCCCACUGAGCAUCUUCUGGCUGCUCCCUCAGUAUAUACUCUUGGGAAUCUCGGAUAUUUUCACAGUCGUUGGUAUGCAAGAGUUUUUCUACAGCGAGGUACCUGUUAGAAUGAGAACAAUGGGAUUUGCACUCUACACAAGCGUUUUUGGUGUUGGAAGCUUUGUGAGCGCCGCGCUGAUCUCAGUCGUGGAGGCUUACUCGAGCUCAACAGGGGACUGCCAAAACUGGUUUGCAGAUGAUAUGUCGGAAGCUCGGCUUGACAAUUACUACUGGCUACUUGCUCUUACAAGUACAAUAAGCUUUGUGGUCUACAUAGUUCUAUGCAAGUUUUUCAAGAGUAGCAGUGAUCAAGGCGAUGAAAAAGAAGAAGCCCCUACUAAAUGAAAAGAAGACCAACUUCGAUUCCUUUGACACAGUCAGACUUAGAUAAUCCGUUUGCCACAAGAUUCCACGAUAGAUUACACUGUAGUGUAGUAGGUUUAGAACUAACUAGCGAACCAUGAAGAAAAGGAAGAACACUGUUCUCUACAAGAUCUUCUACUAUCAAAUGCAAAUGAUUCAACAUCAUUAUUA